AUGGAGCGACGGCUGGCCGAGUUCCGAGCCGCCCGCGGCGCCACCGCCGCCCGCCCCCAGCCCGCAAAGCCCCCCGCCCAGCCCGCGGCUCCAGGCGCCGGAGGGGCGCAGCCCUCGCACGAGGAAUCCAGUCAAAGAACACACAGCCCCACAGACCAUGCGGUUUCAACCCCUCCACCACGGUGGACCCAUUAUUUUUUUAUGAAUGUGACCUUUCUCAAGUUUCUCCUCUGGCUGGUCUUACUGGGACUCUUUGUGGAACUGGAGUUUGGUUUGCCCUACUUUGUCCUGUCUAUGUUUUAUUGGAUCUAUGUAGGAACCCGUGGCCCUAGAGAACGACAGAAUGGAGAAAAAAGUGCUUACUCUGUAUUUAACCCAGGUUGUGAAGCUAUACAAGGAACGCUUACAGCAGAACAACUUGAGAGAGAACUACUGUACGGGUCCUUAGCUCCGAGGUAACUGGUAUCACACCAACUUACCUUUUGCCUGCAACUACUGUGAACAUGGUUUUUUUGCUUGA